GGAUGUGGCCCCCAGGGUCUGAGUAUCUGACUUUCCCACUUCUCUGCCCUGGGGACAUCUUUGUGUGAGUGAGGAGCUGUGGCAGAGUGGGGGAACUGAGGCAGGUGUGCUGCUGGGCCUCAGCUUCCCUGUCUUUGUGGGUUGCGUGAGAAGGGUGCUCUCCAUGCUGGCUGCCCGUUAGCAUCACCUGGCGCGAUUUUAACAAACGCCGACCCCCUCUCCUCCACGCCUCAACAUCGGUGCGUUUUAAAGUGCCUUCAGGUGAUUCUAUCACCUAACACCCUACUCAACUGCCCCACCUUCCUCCCUGGACACAGUCACAGCUGGGACCUUCACCUUGUGUCCCAAGUGCCGGCUCAGUCCUGCUGAGAAGUCCUGUCCCUGAGCUCUUGCUGCCUCAGUUUCCCCAUGUGGAAAAUUAGGAUGUUGGAGCACAGAACCCAACAGGUGCACCAGGAGAUCGUGCUAGUGAGACCACAUGAGGUCCAGGUCUGCCACGAGCCCAGAGUGCCAGAAUUCUGACUGUAUAGGAAUCUGGUGUCUGUCCCUACAUGGCAAGACACAGGCUGGAAAAGCGAGGUGUCUGGUUCUACUGAGCCUUGGUGUAAAGCAGAGAAGAGGAGGUCUGCCGGAACACGGCCGCACCUGCCUGUGGCCGUGCUGUCCCACUACUUCUGUGCUGCCGUGGCGCAGGUCUGAAAGGAAAGAGGGAAGUCGUGUCUCUCUCUGCAGUAGGAGACUUCCCGAGAAUCACCUGCACGACCAUCCUCUCUGUGCUCUGCAGGACCCUCCUGGACCCUCCUUCUCCCACCUCAGGCUGGGAAGGUGGCUUUCCCAUGUCCUUCAGGCAUGCACAGGGAGAGCCAAUGACUGGAACCUGAAAGAGUCUCUGUGCUUCCACCCAGGCUCACACCUGCAAAACAUCCUUGAGUUCUAUUCCAUGAUGCUACCCUGCACUCCGCUGGCAGGCCUGGUGUGUGGCCACCCCCAGUCCGUUUUUCAAGGAUAUGAGCUAACAGGAGUCCUGCUGCCCUUUAGGAUUUGUUUCAACGAACCUUCUAAUGAGGACGAGAAUACCACCCUAGCCUUUUAAAGCACUGAAAACUACUAAUCGAUUACUGGCACCUCACAACUAAUAAUUACUAAUACAAUGAAUUAUGAAAAUAUAUUACUCAAAUGAAAAUACCUUU